AUGCCGUUUUUUCUGGCUACGCCGAGUAGUUCGGACUAUCGGUCAAUAAUGACCGUUCAAUCCGAACUAGAAAUGAAUAAAUCUGAUCUCACCACACGAACUGCUAAGAAAUCUGCCGAUCAAUCAGGAAUUUCAAAUAGCUUGAAUUCAAAUACACUUCGCUCGUACCUGACAGCUGUACGAUCUACAUUGACAGCAGCUCUUUGUUUGACAAAUUUCCCGUCGCAGGUUGUUGAACGACAUAAUAAACCAGAGAUUGAAGCUCUAUCAUCACUUGAAGUGGUGCUAAACCCACUAACCGUCAGCAGAAAUGAAAAAGAACAAGUGUUGAUAGAACCAUCUGUAAACUCCAUUCGUAUUAGCAUUAAAAUUAAGCAGGCGGAUGAAAUCGAAGUUAUUCUUUGCCAUAAGUUUACGCGAUUCAUGAUGUUACGUGCGGAGAAUUUCAUUAUUUUAAGGAGGAAACCCAUCCCCGGAUACGACAUUAGUUUCCUGAUUACCAAUUUCCAUACUGAAGCAAUGUACAAACAUAAGAUUGUCGAUUUCAUCAUUCAGUUCAUGGAAGAAGUGGAUAAAGAAAUUUCAGAGAUGAAGUUGUCAUUGAAUAGUCGGGCUCGUAUUGUAGCAGAGUCAUACCUGUCGCAGGUGAUAUUGUAG